AUGGGUCCGUUGCCGCUGGGCCUGCGGCGCCUCCUGCUCCCGGGGCCGGGACUGGGGCUGGGCGCGGCCCCGCGCUGCGGCGGGAGCUCGGGGAGCGGCAAGGCGCCGCGCCGCACGCUGUAUGAGGUGCUGGACGUCCCGCCCACCGCCACGCCGGCGCAGAUCAAGGCGGCAUACUACCGGCAGUCCUUCCGCUUCCACCCGGACCGCAACGCGGGCAGCGCGGCCGCCGCCGAGCGCUUCGCCGCCGUCAGCGAGGCCUACCGCGUGCUGGGCAGCGCCGCGCUGCGCCGCAAGUACGACCUCGGCGCCCUCAGCCGUGACGACGUGCGCGGCGCCCCCCGGCCCUCGAGCCGCGCUCCCGCCGCGCCGCCCCCCGCCCGCGCCGCCGCCGCCCGCCGCGGCCCCGUGCCGCCGCCCUUCGACUUCGACGCCUUCUACCGCGCGCACUACGGCGAGCAGCUGGAGCGGGAGCGGGCGCUGCGAGCGCGGCGGGAGCGGCUGCGCCUCUGCCGGGAGGAGGCCGCGGCCCAGGGCCGCCUACGGUUCCUGACGGACCUCACGGUUGGGCUGGUCUUCGUGCUGGGCUUCGCUAUGCUCUAUGGCCUCAAGUAGCGGCGGGCCGGCGCGGUGCUGGCAGCCCUCUGGCUGUGUGGGACCCGUGCGGGGGCUCGGCGUUGCUUCUACAGCCGUACGGCCCCACACCGCCGCCGCAUGCCUCGUUUGCCAGCAGACCCUACGCGAGGCGCCCGGUGGGGACACGGACCUUUGUGGCCCCUGACAUCUGCUCCACUGGCACUGUGCUGUGACCCCGGUGGGAACCACAUCUCUGUUCUGCUGAGCCACGGUAGAGAUUAAAUAAUUGCCAGCGGUGUCUGUGUGCUGCAUGCAUUCCUGGAGAUGCUGUCGCUGAUGUCAAGUAAUUUCUCUCUGUGGGUUCCAUUAAUCCCAAGUCGCUGCCUUUGUGCUGUCACACUUGGUACAUUUAUUGCGCGCUGGUCUCUAGCCUGCGCUGUGACCAUGUGUGUCUCUGCUUGGGGCCUGCCUCACUGUGCUGAGCGCAGAGCUCUCGGUUUCGGCAGCCUGAAGGAAUGGAACGUGGGCCUCUGGUUGCCUGUGUCUCGGUCAGCGUGUGCCAUCACCCGGAGGUGCUGCCCCAAACACCAUGGCAGCCCGCCUUGGCGAGGGCUUGCUGGGAGCUUUGCUGUCCGUACGGCCGUUGGGCUGGGAGCGGUACGCUUUUGUCAGUGGCAUUAUUUGUGUUUGACAUGUCUGUGAGCACUUUUUGCACAUAGGAGUAUUUCCUAGUUAAGUACUGAAGUGAUUCAGGAACUGAAGAUUGUCUCUAAGAGUGCCUGUCUUUCCUUGGGUGAAGAUUUUACCUACAUGGUACUGCUGGCAGAGAGCGAAGCUUGCUGGAACACUGUGUUGCAACACCCGGAGUGCCAAGGACGACGUCUGCAGUACUUUGCGCUGUGUUUGCUGGGCUGGACUGUGCCAAAGCCGUGCUGUCCCCUCACUGCUGUGACGCAGGGUUGUGAUUUCUCCCAUUACAAACAAAAGCAAACACCUCGUGUUUUUCAGCGAUGGAAUUCUGUGAUUAGAGUUGUGAUACUGUUGAUACUGUGCUGAUAUUCUGUGAUACUGAGCUGAGCCCGAGGCAGUGGCAGGGCAGAGUGCAGUGUACUGGUAGGUGGUUUGUGCUGCUACAGGAGAGUCUCCUGUCUCUUCUGGAAAGAAUUGUACCACUCUUAACUGCAGAGGCUGCUGUGUGUUUGGGCAAAUUCAGCACAGGAAAAGAGAGCUUUCCAGGAUCCUCUGUUGUUGUGAUUAUAGUCCUGAAACGUUAGCAUGUGGAGAGCAGGGGGAGCCUGGCAUUCGAGGGCACUGGUUAUAGAGUGGAAGCGUCUAAAGCUGUGGCUCUGUGCCAGCACAGCCAUGCACUUCUGCGCAGUGAGCCUCAUCCCUUACUGCCCCCAGAGGCGACUUCGCAGGAACAGCUUGGCCAGCAGCAUUCUCUCACAGGCUGGAAGAGCUCUGCGCAGCCAUGGAAGCAGCGGGUGCUACAAGGAGCAUCUCUUUAGUUCCUGGUGUUGUGAUUCGCCAGUUUUUAAGGCUGUCCUGCCAAACGCACAUUGUCUUUGGGUUGGUCUCUUUGUGUAUGGUGCUCGGGCUUCCAGGCAGGGAGUGGGUUGGGUGUAGUGCAGCAUGGAGCAGGAGGAGCUGAGCGCUGUGCUGCUGGCACUGCUCUGGUCCCUGGCACUAGACAGGGAAGCACUCCUGUGAGACAUCUGGCUCUCCUGAUCUGUGCUUGUGUCUGAAAUCAAGGCACUAAAGCUGGGUUCAUCAAUGUGCCUUACCGUGGUGGUGAGGGCAGUUCAUAUUGCUGGUUCUUCCUGUUCCUCUUCAGGUCUCCGUGACACAUCCUGAACAUUAAAAUUAUCCAUCCAUAAACUAA